ACUGCUGUGGUAUUUGUAUGCGAUUGUGUGUUUGACCUGCUGAUCAUGAAAGUGGAGUCUUCAUGCGUAUGUUGUAUAAGGUUCUAAUAAAUUUAAUAGCCGUAGCCACGUUGCUUAUUCUGUUGUAUGGGUUAAUAACAUCGGAACUACAAGUUAACAGAAAAACAGUGUCUGGCGAAAACAGGACGCUGUCACUCGUCGGACUUAACAAGAAACAUGAAACAAAGGCGCGAAUUUCUAAUUUCACUUCAACGGCAAGAGCUGACAAACGGACUAGUGAGGCAGAACCUAUCAAUGUGUGGUGCACAUUUACCAAAGUUCAAAGUAAUUAUCAGAUGAAAAUGAAAUUCAAAACGUUUCUGCUUUCUAUGUUGGAGCACUCUUCUGUCAGAAUUAAUCUGCACGUAAUAACUGACAGUUCCAGUAGGAGUAGUGGAGAAGAUGUGAUACAUAGUGUUCAGAACACGAAUAAGAAAUAUUUUACGGUGUCAUAUUAUGAUAUAGAUGAAGCUACAGAUCGUGUGUCUGACAUUGUUGCUGCUAUGCAGCCACAUUUCAGCUCACAGCCGGGAUCUUACUAUAGCGAUGCAUUAUUCUUUUUGUCACUUGGUUUGCACAGAAUAGCUGAACAACAAGAGCGUGCUAUUAUGUUUGAUAUUGAUAUCAAAUUUCUAGCUGAUGUAGCAGACUUAUUCAGGGAAUUUGACAGUUUUGGCAGAAAAACUGUGUUGGGGAUGGCACCAGAAUUGACACCAGUUUAUCAUCAUGUGCUGCACUCAUACAGACGAAAGCAUAAAGGAACGUUAUUUGGCGAUCCUCCUUCCCGGGGCGGAUUUCCUGGUGUGAACAGUGGUGUAGUGCUUCUCCAUCUGAAACAAAUGCGUAACUCGGAGGAGUACCGUAGGCUACUCCAGCCACAGUCUGUCACACAGCUUGCUUCAAAAUACAAUUUCAAGGGGCACUUGGGAGACCAGGACUUCGUUACUCUCCUUGCCUGGGAAAGACCGGAGUUUGUGAAAAUAUUACCUUGCAACUGGAACAGGCAGCUGUGCACGUGGUGGAGAGAUCACGGAUAUCGUGAUGUCUUUGACCAGUUUUUUGAGUGUUCAGGUCCCAUAUACCUCUACCAUGGAAACUGCAACACACCAAUCCCUGCCUAGUCAGAUGAUUCAAAUGAUGAUUUCAUGAGUUACCUCGAAUAUUAUUAUCAUUGUCCUAGUCUUAUUAUUUGUAGAUAUUAGUUUUGUCUGAACACAUCACUAUUAUGUAACUAUGAUACCAGGAUUUUUCACAACAAAUCAAAGUAUAUUAUGCUUUAACAGUAUUUGUGAUAGAAAGCAAGUGUCUCUCUCUCUCUCUCUCUCUCUCUCUCUCUCUCUCUCUCUCUCUCUCUCUCUCUCAAUCUCCUCCUGAUGGCGUAUUUUCAGAUGGAGGGGGGAGGGGGCACCUCUCCUAGCAUCAACAGCAGACAAUAGGACUUAGUGUGAGUAGGACUUAGUGUGAGAGUAAUAAGGAAAGCCAUUUUGUCUACGAUGCUUGUAAAGUUCAUCAGUUCAUAUCUAGUUAAUUUAAAUGAAGUAGUGUUUUCUGAAGUUACUGGUGUGAUGCUUGAAUGCAAGCUGAUUGACCAACUGAUUUGCAGAAUUAAGUUUGUAAGUUUAUGGGCCUGUUGUAGUAACAAGUCAGCUGUAUAUCAGGCACUCAAAUAUAGAUGUUGAUUGUGUUUAUUGUCCCUGAAAUGUCAAAAUAUGUGAUAUUAGAAAUUAACAAGCAUAUCUCAGUCAUGUAAAUACUUCAUUUUAUAAGAAGCACUUCAUUAAAUAGUGUUGAUUCAGUAGUAAAACAUGUUAACAGGAGUAAGAUUCUCAUUUUUGUUCAUUCCUGUGAUACAUUAAGUAUCAUUUAAUAUGGACUUGAAGAUUUUUUUUUAUUUAAAAAAACUGAAAGUAGUCAUACUGUGUAAGUUCACUAUGUGAACAGAAUCCCUUGAAAGUAGUUACUUAUGUUAGUAGUUUUCAUCAUUUAUACCUCAGAUGCUAGUCUCAUAAGUUUCAAAAUAAAGUCUUCCAGUGUACUGUACAUGUUGUGCAAACACUUGAAAUAUCAUUUUUCUGGUUUACAUUGUAAGAAAAUGGUGAAUUUUUAUGUAAUAGUAUUUGAACAUAAGUAAUACAAAUUUGAUAUCAACUGGUGUAACAUUGCUGCAAAAUUUUGAGGCUAUUAUGUACCUGCUGUGAUUCAAA